UUUAUCCUCCAGCUAUGCACAAUAUUUCCAAAACUAGUCAACAAUUUCACAACAAAAUAAAAUGAAUUAAUAUUUAAAAAAGGAAAAGGAAAACCCCCUUCACACAUAUUCAUCAACUUGACAAAGACAUCAAACAGAUUAGUCUUAAAAUGUCUUCUUGUCAUCUUGUGUGUUCUAUAUAAUAGUCUAGAAUGCUUGGAGAGGAAGUUAAGAUUUUUAUGCUCUGUUUGGACAUAGUUGUAAUUUUAAUUUCCUUUGAGCUCUGAGUUACAUUCACCCUGAAAAUUAAAUAACAUGAAGCAAAAGAUUGUGAUGAAGGUGCAAAUGAAGUGCCACAAGUGUAGGGCUAAAGCACUCACCGUUGCUUCAGGAACAAACGGUGUGGAUUUUGUGGGAAUAGAAGGGAAAGAAAAAGAUGAAGUGGUGGUGAUUGGGGAUAAUGUGGAUGCAGCCAAAUUAACACGCUCUAUGAGGAAAAAAGUUGGACACACUGAUCUUAUCAUGGUUGCUCAGCUUAAACCCAAAUAAAAAUCAUAUACAUAUAUACAUGCCAAAUUAAAAAAAAAAAUGCUCAGGGCUAGUUUAUUACAUUGAUUCCAUUUGUACAUAAUAAGUUCUUUAGUUAAUUAUAUUUUGGGUUUUUUUUUUCUCCUCCUCUUCCUUAUUAUUAUUGUUUGUAUCCAUAGGAAAUUAAUGCAGAAUAAUUAUAUAUAUGGAGUUAAUUACCUUGUGUGUCU